GUUUGUGCCUGUAAAUUGUGAAAGUGUUGUCGCGCUGUCCCGUUAAACCGAGAAUUAGCGUCAGAUCUGCAUCUCACCAUCAUGUCCGCGCCCCUGUCCUUCGAGGGAAAAGUGGUUCUCGUCACAGGAGCCGGAGGAGGUCUUGGCAAAGAAUAUGCACUGGCUUUUUCUGAGAGAGGAGCCUCAGUUGUGGUAAAUGACCUUGGGGGAGACAUUAAAGGGGGUGGGAAGAGUUCUGCAGCUGCUGAUAAGGUGGUGGAGGAGAUAAGAGCCAAGGGAGGCAAGGCUGUGGCCAGCUAUGAUUCUGUAGAAGAUGGUGAGAAACUGAUUCAGACAGCUUUAGAUGCUUUUGGAAGAAUAGAUAUCGUCAUAAACAAUGCUGGCAUACUUCGUGACCGAUCAUUUGCCAGGACGAGUGAUAUGGAUUGGGACCUUAUCCACAGAGUUCACUUAAAAGGUUCCUUUAAGGUGACCAGAGCAGCCUGGAACCACAUGAAGAACCAGAAAUUUGGCAGAAUCAUCAUGACGUCGUCGGCUGCAGGGAUCUAUGGAAACUUUGGCCAAGCCAACUACAGUGCUGCCAAGCUGGGCCUGCUGGGCCUGGCCAACACCUUGGCCAUCGAGGGACAGAAAUACAACAUCCACUGCAACACUAUCGCUCCCACUGCCGGCUCUCGACUCACAGAGACUGUCAUGCCCCCAAACCUGGUGGAGUCCCUGAAGGCGGAGUACGUUGCUCCCUUGGUCCUAUGGCUCUGUCAUGAACAGUGCGAAGAAAGCGGAGGACUGUUUGAGGUUGGGGCAGGCUGGAUUGGAAAAUUGCGCUGGGAGCGCUCUCAGGGCCACAUCAUAAGGCACAAGAACCAGAACAUGUCUCCAGAGGCAGUCAGGGACCAGUGGGACAGCAUCUGUGAUUUCUCAGACGCUACAAAGCCUGCUACUAUACAAGAGUCUUUGCAGACACUUGUGGAUGUGCUGUCGAAGCUGGAGUCAGAUGAAGGAGUGUCGGCCAACCAAACAUCUUCCAUGGCCACUGCGACUGUGGGCUCUGGGAUCAAUCCUGCGGAGGCAGUGGGACAGAAACUUCCCGAGACCACGUUCACCUUUACCCAUGUUCAGUGUGUUCUUUAUGCGUUGGGGGUGGGCAUGUCCACCAAGGACCCAGACUAUCUGAGGUUCCUGUUUGAAGGCCACCAAGACUUCAGCUGCUUGCCCACCUUUGGAGUCAUCCCCUCUCAGUCAGCCAUGAUGGAUGGAGGCCUAAGCUCAUUACCUGGAAUCAAUAUAGAUUUCACACAGGUAUUGCAUGGUGAGCACUAUCUAGAGCUGUACCGACCUCUUCCAACCUCAGGUAAACUGACCUCUCAAGCAACCGUUGCCGAUGUGCUGGACAAAGGGUCUGGAGCGGUCAUCCUGUUGGACGUGAACACCUACAGCGGUGAGGAGCUUGUGUGCUACAACCAGUGGUCGGUGUUUGUGGUCGGAGCGGGGGGCUUUGGAGGAAAGAGAACUUCCGAGAAAGCCAAGGCCCUUCUGCCUCCCCCUAAUAGGGCACCAGAUGCUGUGGUGAUUGAUGCUACCACAAGAGACCAAGCGGCCCUGUACCGUCUGAGUGGGGACUGGAAUCCUCUUCAUAUAGACCCGAGUUUCGCUGCCAUGGGAGGUUUCAAGGCUCCCAUCCUGCACGGCCUGUGCUCCUUUGGCUUCGCUGCCAGACACGUCCUCAAGCACUACGCCAACAAUGACCCCUCCAGAUUCAAGGCUAUCAAGGUUCGCUUCGUGAAGCCGGUGAUGCCAGGUCAGUCCCUGCAGACUGAGAUGUGGAAGGAGGGCAACAGGAUUCACAUUCAGUGCAAAGUGAAGGAGACGGAUGCCGUGGUGCUGUCUGGGGCCUAUGUGGAUUUACAUGCGGCACCAGAGGACUCGCCGAAAGACCUUAUUCAGGGAGGGGCGCUUGAGAGUGACCUGGUGUUUGCAGAGAUCGGUCAUCGUAUUAAAGACCUGGGGCCAGAGCUGGUCAAGAAGGUUGGCGCCGUGUUCGGCUGGGAGAUUACCAAAGACGGCAAGACGGCUGCCAAGUGGACUAUUGAUCUGAAGAGCGACAGCGGGGCCUUACAUAAAGGCCCGUGCAGUGGGAAGGCAGAUGUGACCUUCACAGUAUCAGAUAAGGACUUCAUGGAGGUGGUUCAGGGAAAACUCAACCCUCAGAAGGCGUUCUUUGCUGGCAAGCUGAGGGCGACGGGGAACAUCAUGAUGAGUCAGAAACUAGAGGUCAUUCUCAAGGAUUACGCCAAGCUGUGAAGUCCUCAACCAAGCAGCCAAUGAGUCAACCAGAGAGCACUUCUCGCAAAAAGAUGUUGAAAAGUAAUCGGAUGGAUGUUACUCGUGAACAUUUUGUUUUUACAGGCCAGAUGAACUUAUCAUUUUUUUGUUAUUGCGGUUUGAUGAGAAAUGUGUUGGAUACCCAGGGGACAACCUGGGUUGAAGGCAUGCAAGUUAUCACUGUUUAUUUUUUCAAAAGUGCCAGGUCCGUCAAGAUUGAAAUUCAUUUGCACAAGUCGGAAACAAAGUAAUGUCCCCGAGACUGUAAUUAUGAACAGUAACCAACCUUUAAUGAUGUAAAAUCUAUCCACUACAGGGAAAUGAUUUGAACUU